AUGGUCGUCGUCGACAGACGUCGUGGUUCAGCAAAUGUGAGCAUGGAUGUGACCGUGUAUCACCUAAUGACGUUCAAGGCAGUCAUCUUUGACAUUGGCGGUGUGGUGGUCGGAAGCCCGCUGUUUGCGAUCAACAAAUAUGAGAAGGAGCACGGACUGCCGUUCCAGUACUUGAAUGUUGCCAUCACAGCACAAGGUCAUGGCGGCGCUUUCCAGAAAUUCGAACGAAGCGAGCUGGAUUUGUACACUUUCUACCGUCGGUUCGGAAACGAGCUGAGCAACGUCGAAAAGAACAACGAGGCAUACAUCAAGUUUUGCAAGAGCCGCGGUCAAGCUUCUGGCAAGUUCACGAUAGCAGCGUUGACCAACAACUUCGCUCCUCCCACCGAAAUUUCGGGUUCGGCUCAAGGCGAAACGACGAAAGCGCCAUCGUUGGACGAAGAGUUGCAGCACUUGGGGCUGGGAGCAUCUCAAAACGAACUGCGAAGCAUGUUUGACUUUUACAUCGAGAGCGCAGUCGUUGGCAAGAGGAAACCGGAUCCAGAAUUCUAUCAGCAUGCUCUGGAUCUUCUCAAGGUGCCAGCUUCGGAGGUGGUGUUCCUGGACGACAUCGGACCGAACCUCAAAGCCGCGCAAAAGCUUGGCAUCACCACGAUCCCAGGCGUCAACUCGAGCGAUUGCACACCAGCACUCUUAGAGCUCAGCAAGCUGACGGGCGUGCAAGUGCUGGAUGACGGUCCUAACCCUUCGGCCAAGUUGUGA